AUGACCGGCAGGGCCAGGACUCGCGCCCGGGGCAGAGCCCGCAGCCGGGAGAUCCAGCAACAGGCGGCACCUGGAGCGGCCGCGGUCAGCAGACGCGGCGAGAGGAAGGCCCAGUGGUUGAGCCUGAGCCACCAAGAGGAGCGGAAGGAGGAUCCCGGCCUCCAGGUGAAAGGAAGGAGGGGGGAUAUGAGGAGAGAAGAACUUGAGCUGGCAGCUGAAUUGCGGACAGUAUCACUGCAGCAAAGGACUGUUUUUCAAGACCUGGUGGUGAAUACCAGGCAGAGGAUGGAACAUGUUCGAGUCUCAAAAACGGGCUCAGAGGGUCAGGUGGUAAGACUACUUGCAAACCAUUUUCGAGUGACAUCUCGUCCCCAGUGGAUUGCAUAUAAGUACAACGUUAACUACCAGCCAGACAUAGAAAGUGGAAAUCUCCGUGCAAGUUUACUUUCUCAAUAUGAAGAAAUUGGGAAAUGCUAUAUAUUUGAUGGAAACUCUUUAUUACUACCUUAUAAACUACGAAAGCCGAAAACAGUAUUUUCCAGAGAGACUGGAAAAUUAACUGUGACAGUUACAAUCGAGUUUUCCAGAGAACUCACACCCAAUGCACCAGAUUGCCUACGCUUCUACAAUAUUCUCUUUAGAAGAACUCUGAAGUCGAUGGAUUGGAAACAAGUUGGUCGCAACUAUUACAAUGACACGGAGGCGGUGAAGUUUGGCGAAACACAAGUCAAGUUGGAAAUAUGGCCUGGUUAUGCUACUUCUAUUCUUCAGUAUGAAAACAGCAUUACUCUCUGUGCUGAUGUGAACCACAAACUGAUCCGGAUACAAACUGCUUAUGACUUAAUGAACAGUAUAACUACAGAAAAUCAAGAAUAUAUCAGAGAGAAAGUAGCUGAUAAGUUAGUUGGAUCAAUUGUUAUGACAAGAUACAACAACAAAACCUACAGAGUGGAUGGUAUUGCCUGGGAGCGGACUCCCAAAGAUACAUUUGAAAAAUCGGAUGGCCAGAGAAUUACCUAUAUAGACUACUACUUGCAGCAACAUAAAGCAGUGAUCACAGACAAUGAUCAGCCACUUUUGAUCAGCCAAGGAAAAUGGAAAAAGGGCCAAAAGGACACAAAACGUGAACCUAUCCUGCUGGUUCCUCAGCUGUGCGUCCUGACAGGUCUAACAGAUGAGGUGCGUAAAAACUAUAUGGCGAUGAAAGCGUUGGCUGAUCAUACGAGAUUGAAUCCAGAAAAAAGGCAUCAUGAAUUAAAAAAAUUCAUCAAUACUAUACAAACAAAUAAGACCGUGCAAAAGGAGCUUCGAUACUGGGAUUUGAAUUUUGAUUCCAACUUUUUGUCCUUUUCUGGAAGAACUUUGACAACUGUCAAUGUUCAAAGGGAAAGAAGGACUAAGGAACCACCACAGAUGGUGGUUUGCUUACUGUCUGAUGACGAGAAAGACAGGUAUGAUAAAAUAAAAAAAUACCUAUGUACUGCAUGCCCGACUCCAAGCCAGUGUGUGGUGGCAAAAACCUUAAAGCGCCCCAAGAUAUUUCCAGUUGUUUGUGAAAAGCUUGCCCAGCAGAUGGUUUGCAAGAUGGGAGGAGCCCUCUGGAAGGUGGAUACAGGUAUAAAGAAAGCGAUGUUCGUUGGUAUCGACUGUUUCCAUGAUACUGUAAAUCGAAAGAAGUCAAUUGCAGGAUUUGUGGCAAGCACCACUGAUCAAUUAACAAAGUGGUACUCUCAAUGUGUCAUCCAGGAAGCAGGAGAGGAGAUUGUGAACGGGCUGACCGACUGCCUGAGAGCGGCUCUGGAGGUCUGGUGUCAAAACGAAUCAUGUGUGCCACGUUCUGUCAUUGUGUAUCGGGACGGAGUGGGGGAUGGUCAGCUGCAAGCACUGCUUGACCACGAGAUACCGCAGAUGCUGGCCUGCCUAAAAAACAUCCCCUCCCGUGAAAAUGUAGCUUUAACUUUCAUUGUGGUGAAGAAACGAAUAAACACCAGAUUUUUUGCUGUUUCUGGAAGAAGUCUUCAGAAUCCAAAUCCAGGAACGGUUAUUGACGUGGAGUUGACCAGGAAGGAAUGGUAUGAUUUUUUUAUUGUGAGUCAGUCUGUGAGAGAAGGAACUGUGACCCCCACUCACUACAAUGUCAUCUAUGACACAGUUUGCUUGCGUCCAAAUACAGUACAGCGUUUAACUUACCAACUAUGCCACAUGUAUUAUAAUUGGGCAGGUAUCAUUCGGGUUCCUGCUCCUUGCCACUACGCCCAUAAACUGGCCUAUCUUGUGGGCCAGAGCAUUCACGAACAACCAGAUAGUUCACUGUCGACCCUUCUCUAUUACCUUUGACCUACAGAAG